CAGUCGCCAUUGUGCCGCCGAUUUGUAACGUGGUGGAGCGUACUACUAGAAUCUGUGUCUUAGGGACAUUUUUUUGCAUCCGGGCUUGACAGACUUGCCCAGAAGUACCACGUGGACGUUGGUGGCGAGUACUUAGGUGUGGUUGUGUUGGUGAGUGGGCAGCAUGUGGUCGGGCGCUCCACAAUGGGCCUCAUGGGCCCUGCAGCCCCAGCACUACCAGAACAUGAAGCCAGAAGAAGCAUCAACAGUGGACUGGGCAGCUCUAGCAAAGCAAUGGAUCCAGAUGAAGGAGACAGUCCCACAGGAACCAGUGCAGCCACCUCAGCAGCCUCCAGCCCCUGUUACCUCUACGCAAAGUCAUUCAGCUGAAGAUACUGCUGCCGGUGGAGGAGAGAUGGAUAUGGAGAUAGAAGAUGACAAAGGUCCUUCCGCUAAUUGUACAGAGCCGCAGAACGGAGAGCCGUGGGCAGGCUGGAGUGGAGACUGGCCACCAUCUCAGUCCGGGAUGGGCUGGGGCUGGGGCUGGCCAGUAGACUCGUAUUCUCAGAAUGCAUCUGGCAACCAAGAGGCACUUGGUCAUCAGUUUAGCGGAAAAGACGGUGAAUAUGGAUGGCCUAUGAUGGGAGGUGAUAAUGCCCAAGGUGACUACAUGGGGAGUGAUGGAAGGGACAGACGAGGAAGGGAGUUUCAAGUUGGUACCAUUGAUCAGGAUCGAGCAGCUGCUAAGGAGGCAGACUUCCAAUUGGAUGCUGCUCAGAGAAAAAAACUUCCUGCCUGGAUCCGAGAAGGCCUCGAAAAAAUGGAGAGGGAGAAGCAGAGGAAGCUUGAGAAGGAGCGACAAAUGUCAGAAAAGGAAGAAAUGUUGAGACGGAAAAGAGAGGAUGAGGCAAGAGCAAGACGUAUCCUUGAGGAAGAUCUUGCCAAUGAUGGCAAACCUCGCAUACCAAGGAGAAGCAAAUUUGACAGUGAUAGCGAUUUAUCUGACCAUAGUCGAUCUGCAAGUCCUGAAGCAGGCACACAGGGAUUGGGCAUGGCACGGAAGCGUCGCUCGAGGUUUGAACCUCGGAAUGGCAAGGGAGAAAUUCAAGAUGAGGACAGUACAAAAGAUGAUGAGGAGGAGGAAGAAGAGGAGGAGGAGGAUGAAGGGGAGAAGGAAGAGGAUGAAAAAAAACGUCCAAGAAGAUUACCAUCACCUGAACCAGUUAAAACAGAGGAGGAACGGAUGCAGGAUAUGAUGUUGAAGCUGAGACGGUGGAUGACAGAAAUUCUAUUAGAUGUGACAACGGGUAUGAUGGAAGAAGUUUGUGGUGAGGUGCUCAAUCGUGCCCGUAUGAAAGCUCCGGCAGUUCAGGUCAAGAAGAGCUCGGCCCUAGCCUCUUUGUCGGGCGGCAUUGGGCUUGGCAUCUACAGUGACAGCGAGAGCGAUGGCGAGGGUUCGGGUGGUGAAGGAGGCGGUGGUCGAGGUGACACUGACAGUGAUGAGGAGCUACGGCAGACCAUCAGGCGUAAACGAAGAGAUUUUCAGGCCACAGAGAGGGACAUACUGCAGCGUUUGCAAGCAGAAGAAAUGGCAGAACGGAAAAGGAAAUUUGGUGUUCAUGAGUCUGGUUCUGAAGAUGAUGAAAAGGAGGCAGGGGAGGGAGAAGAGGAAAACAGAAAUGAGAGAAGGGCUAGCAAGGAUGGGGAUGGGGACAGGCUUGGGGAACAACCACAGAAUCACCAAGACUCUGAGGAAGAUGUCAGUUCACCUCCAACUUCUGGUAAUGUGAAAUCUAUGAAGUUUGUACCACCUCAAGAUCCAGAAGUAGAUUCCACACAGCCAGACAGUGGCACCCCAAGUGGGUCCAUGAGAGGGGAUAAUGAUACAGAACAUAGUAUAGACACUGAGGAAGACUCUAAGUCCUCCUUGAGUGAUCACUCUCAUUCUAGUGAAGGGAAAAAAAAAAAGAGAAGGAAAUCAAAAAAAGAAAAGAAGAAAAAAGAGGGAAGGAAGAGGAGUAGGUCAGGCAGUAGGGAGAGGGAGGAGAGGAGAGAACACAAGAAGAAGAAGAAACGAAAAGAGGUUAGCCGUAGUAGAAGUAGAAGCCCUGAAGAGUACAGUAGGUAUAAGAGUAGGAGCAGGAGUAGGGAGAGUUACAAGAGGAGGAGAGACAUAAGCCGGAGCCCAAGUGAGGAAAGGAGCUCUCGUAGGCAGUACAGUCGAGAUCGUUCGAAGUCAAAAGGUAGAGAUAAGUCUCGGGGGAAAAAUGGAACGAGGGAUUGGUCAAGGGACAGAUCUAGGGAUAGGCGAAGAAGCAAGUCUCGUGGUAGAAAAAUCAGUAAAUCAAGGGAUAGGAAACGCUAUAGAGAUAAGAGUAAUGAGAGUCGAUCUGGGUACCGUCAUAGAAGUAGGUCUCGUGGGAGGGAUCAUAGGCGAAGUUAUAGAGAUGGAAGUGAGGAGAGUAGGUCAGGAAGAAGUAGUAGAAGGCGCUCUCACACAUACAGUAGAAGCAGAAGUCGCAGCAGAGGCUAUUCCCGCAAGAGAGAUCGCUAUCAAUCCAGAUCUCGAUCCAGGUCAAGAACUCCUAAGAGGUCAAAGAAACGCCAUCGCUCUCGGUCUAGAAGUUCCUCCUUGUCACUCCCGAAGAAGUCGAGAAGAAGAUCCCGGUCGUCAUCGUAGGCAAGUGAAGGUCCUAUCGUGAGUGCUGUGGUAAGACCAUAACAAGGUAAGUUGUUUGUGUUCUGUGAAGGUGUCUCUGUACGCUUAGUUUCAGGUCAUCACCAGCUGUCGCCAACCCAGGGAAAUUAUUCUCCAGUGUAUGAAGGGGAGAUGAUUAGUUUAUUCGGAGAGAAUGAAUGCAGGCAGCUUCCAUUUAUUUGGUAUGCAUCCUAGUCAUUUAAGUUGAGGACAUUUGAGGAAUGAGCAUUCUUAUGUGAUAAUUUUUCAUUGAAGCAUUACACUUAUAAAGUAUAUCUUAAUUCCAUUGUGUUAAAGCUUGUCCCUCCAAAAGAUAGGCUCUAUAUUUUUUAUGGUUUGUUCUCUCUUUCAGCACCUGCCUUGCACUGCCCAUCGUUUGAAGUUGCAACCCAAUUUGUCAUAAUUAGACUCUAGUGUAUCCAAAGACCGGUCAAACUUGUGUAUAGUACCUUCUAAUGCAAAUAGCCAUGUAAUUUAUUAUGAUCGUUUUUCAAUACAAGUCUCUUAUUCCAGGACAAAAAAAAAUCAUUGUAUUCUCUUGUGAACAUGAAUUUGGAAUAUAUGAGGAGAAAAUUUUGUAUUUACGAAUUUAUUCAGAUAUAUCAUUCUCAUAUGAUCAAUAACUCAUGUUCAGGAGGUUGGUCUCCUUUUACUUUUCAGGUUCUGUGAUUGAAAAGCUUGCUCAUGUAGUUUAGAAUAAAUAAACUAAGACUUA